AUGGAGCUACGUAACCGAGCCACGGGCUCCUCGAAGCAAGGCCAACGCGGUGUUGAUGUGGCUCUAGGCCCCACGAUCUACAGUGGUGAGCGCUACACCAAAAUGAGCGAGCGCCUCAAGCGUCAGCACAAGAGACCUUCUGAAGUUGCAGAAGCCAACACACAACGGGUGAUUGCGUUCGUGGUGGCGCUAGUGUUCGUCUUGUCGGUGGUGUUCACGAUGAUGUAUCAAGCGCACGUCCGCCGUUCCAACCGCAAGCCUUUCGACGCAUAA